AUGGUCGAAGAGAGUCGGCUGUGGCAGAGCCUCGCUGAGGGUGUAUUCCAUGUCCAGCGAGAGAUCAUCUAUGGAGUACUUGUGCUUAUACUUGGCUUGUUCUGGAUUGUCUCGUCGUUGAGAGCAAGGGGUACGCAUUUCGAAUCCAUCAAUGAGAAGAAAUCGCAAUGGUGGAACUUGAACUACAAGGCCAGGAAAGAUUAUAUUCAGCAUGCCAGAAGACUUCUCUCGGAUGGAUUUCGCCAGUUCAAAGGACCCUUCUCGAUCCUCACCGACGGAGGACGUAUCAUCAUGCUACCACCAGAAAUGAUCGAUGCAGUCAACGAGAAGUCUGAGCUUUCUUUCCAGAGAUUCACGGAAGAGCAUUUCCUCGCCAAAUAUGACACUUUUCGAACUUUCAGGAGCCCGCCUCCAGGCCUUUUCGAAGAGGCGGUCAUGACAGGCUUGACCCGAAGUCUCCCCAAGUUCACAAAAGCUCUCUCCAAAGAAAUGUCCUCCUGUCUCGACGAUACAUGGAAUCCGAUCUUGAGCGAUAACGAAUGGCAUGAGAUCGAUAUCAGAAAGGACAUUUUGAAAUGGGUCGCACGUCUCUCCACCCGCAUCUUCCUCCCAUCUCAUUUCGCCGAGGAUCCGGAAUGGCUUCGCGUGUCGGUGGAGUUCACGACAGACGCCUUCAUGGCAAGCACCAUCUGUCGAUUCAUGCCCAGAAUCAUCCAAUGGCCCAUGGAGCGCUUCUUCCCACUGUGCCGCAAAGUCAGACGCGACUACCGCACCGCCGCAUCAAUCCUCCAACCCGUCCUCGACGAACGACACAAAGAGAUAUCUACAGCGCAGCAGGAAGGUCGUAAACCUAACCUCCCAGACGACGCGAUCGAAUGGUUCCGCAACGCCUCCCACGGAACGAAGAAGUAUCACGAAGUCGACAUACAACUGAGUCUCUCCGUAGCCGCAAUCCACACCACAAGCGAUCUUCUCCUCCAAGCCCUCCUAAACCUCGGCACCCACCCCGAACUCCUAAACCCCUUACGCGAAGAAGCAAUUUCAGUCCUAAAAAAACACGGCUGGCAAAAAACCGCCCUCCACGACCUCCAUCUCCUCGAUUCCUUUCUCAAAGAAACUCAACGUUUGAAACCAAUCAACAUGGUAACAAUGCACCGAACCGCAACCUCCCCGGUCCACCUCUCCAACGGCCUCAAAAUCUCCCAAGGCGCCCGCACAGCCAUAUCCUCCCACAAAAUGUGGUCCGCCUCCAUCUACGCAGACCCGGAAACCUUUAACGCCUACCGCUUCCUCGAUCCCACAAUGGGACACCGCCGCCAUCUUGUCGCCACGAGUCCCGAACAUUUGGGUUUCGCGCACGGCAAACAUGCGUGUCCCGGAAGGUUUUUUGCGGCGAAUGAGGUCAAGAUUGCGAUGGUGCAUUUGGUUUUGAAGUUUGAUUUCAAGUUGGAGGAUGCUGGGAUGGCGAGGUGGGUGGAGUAUGGGACUGCUAUGAUUGCGAAUCCGAAGGCGAAGAUGUGGGUGAAGAGGAGGAGGGAUGGGGGGAUUGAUUUGGAGGGGCUUGCGAUGUGAUAUUGUGCCUAUUGGUCAUGUGUGAAGUUAUGCCAGUUGAGACGGAAGGAUGGUACAGCGUAGUGU